AUUGGUGUGGCAAGUACAAAAGCAAAGUGCUGGCGAUUGAGUGAGAAUAUAACGCACGGUUCUGAGGUACUUUCAUGUACACGCACGUAUGAGUACUUGCAUCCUGGUGUAUAUGCACGGCAACAUGCAUUCGGGAUAGAUGAAGCCAGCCAGCCACACGAUGCACACGAUAUCCUUCCUCAUCGAGAUAACCCCCAUACUCUCCCGAUUGUUCAGCCAAUCCAUCCUUCAGUUGUAGAGUAUCUAAUCGUUCCGCCAGCCUAUAAAACAAGCGUUGGUGUGUAUAGUGUCAUGUGUUGGCGGGGCAAGUCAUGCACAACAUGUAAUUCCUCGAUAGACGCCCAUGACCCCACCACCUCACAAGACCCCAUUUGCGGCACGAGCCGCCUGAUAUGUAUAUGUCUCAUGCGCCUUUUCCAUGAUCUCAAAAAGCAUCUCGCCACUUCGUGA